AUGUCUUCCUCUUGGGGGCUAAUCAUCUUUGCCGCACUUGUCGGCCUUACAUCGGCAGCGCCUUCAUUACUACCUCGCCAGGCUGCGACAACACAAUUGACCUUCACCGGUGCAGGGGCUGCCUUCAGCGUGACUGCACCGGUUGACGGGAGCAAUGUUACACUUAAUAAUACCCUGGCCGUCGACUUCAUCGCCCAAGCAGGGACUGCAAGCUGUGCCUUUGAGGGUGUCGAUGGUGUGAAGCUCACUGUGAUCGGUGCCAACUCAGGCGCCACUAUCGCACCACCACAGACGAUCGUGCGUGCGAGCUGCCAAUAG